CGGCGCUUUGCUAUUACCUUCAUCCGUCCCACGGCAAGCUCAGUGCUCCGUUCUGUGGACCCUUUGAAAGUCCUUCCCAGACUCGGUGGACUCCGGGUUUCUAAGUGAGCGCUCAGAAAGCAUCUGACCAAGCUUGGCCCACAAUACUUCAUGUCCUCCCCUACGACAACGACUACUUCUAGCUCUUCUCCACUGAAUGGAACCCCUUCGGCCAAGCGUCAUGGUAGGAGGGGACAGUUUGAAAUCCGGAAUGGUCUACGACAUCACUCUUACGACCGAGAGAAGGCGCCAUAUCCGCUCGCCUAUUCGCCGGACACACUGGAGCUGGAGCCUAUUGAUCUGCGGCUGUUCGACCAUUUGAACAACGGAUCUUGCACCUUCGUCGACUUCUCAGACGCGAGCAUCUGGGAUACCUCGGACGGAGGAGCACAGCAUCCGGAACGCUCUCUUGAUUUGGGGUGUGGUACAGGCUCAUGGAUCAUUGAUGCGGCCAAGGAGUGGCCAGAGUGCGAGUUCGUCGGUUUCGACCUUGUGGACGUCCAGAUACCUCUCCAGCUUUUGUCGUCCGAAUACGAAUCCAUCGCCGAGCGAAUCACAUGGGUUCAUGGCAAUUUUCUUACGAAUAAGCUUCCAUUUGAAGAAGAUGAAUUCGACCUCAUCCAUGUCCAUGGGAUUGCCUUGGGAGUUCCUGAGAGCAAGUGGGGAAACUUACUUGAGGAAAUCAAUCGCGUAUUGCGGCCAGGAGGAGUCAUUGAACUAGUAGAAGAAGACAUCAUAUUUCCCCGUCUUCCAAAAUGGUUCACCUCUCCUCUGCGAGCACGACCUCGACGGUCGACAUCCGUACACUUGCCGAGCGGUACUCAACGUGGACUAUUCCCUCCCUCUGAUACCCAAGCCAACCAUACUCACGAUCAUGCUUUGCUCGAAUCCUUAUUCCGAGCUGUUUUUGAAAGUCGCUUCAUCAAUCUGAAGCCAACAGCGAUUCUCCCCAGUUACUUUACGACAUAUUUCCGACAUGUCAAGCAAAGCCCGGUCGUCAGCUUUUACAUGCCACCCUUGCCACCCUUACAGCCUUUGCCGCCUCAGAUCAUCACAUCCUAUGUGGUUGAUCCAAAUUCGGACACUCUGGACUCGCGAACAUCCACUAUCUUCCCGAACAUGGCUCGGUCGCCAUCGGUGUCCUUCUCAUCGGUUUCGACAGGCGAGUCUUCUAUUGCGGGUUCUGUGUUCACGCGUCCGAGAAGAAAGUCGUCCGUCUCCACGUCAGAUUACGGCAGUCCAAACUCGGAUUCCCUUCAUCCCAGCCAAGCGGAACUACCCAAGCAGCCCUCGUCACCGAAGACCUACACCAUGGAUGUGGGUCCCCGGCAUGCUCCAAAGUCACCAGAUCGCAAUCCAAUUCGGGUUCAGCUCGAUCUUCUCAACGAACGCUCACUUGCUAUGCACCUGUAUAGAUCGCAUCAGAUUGUUCUCGCUUGCCAGGAAGAGAUGUGGGAGGAGCUCAAAGAUCGGAUCUGGAACCGGAAGGAUGAGCUGAAGCCGUUCGGCUGGGAUGACGACGAGGAGCUGGAAGAGCUGCAGAGUCGCAAGAAGUUUGAGCUUCUCGUCACCCGCUAUCGGCAUGACAUGCAGACCAGGAUUGCCUUAUGGUGCUCCCUGACUGGGAUCGGAUGGCAACUUCCACCAAGGGAGCCCCUAUCCAAGGCAGAAUUGAUCGAAGAGGAGAGAAUGAGGGCUGCGAUGUUGGAAGCACGGGCAUACUCGGACUUUGAUGAUGAUCCGCCCACCUUGUGUCGCUCGUUUCGUGUAUUAGUAGGUUGUAAAAUGUAAACGAGUAAACCUGUUGGCACGGAA